AUGGAGAGAUCGAGAACGGCCCUCGGCCAGUCUAGUGCCUAUGGCCACGCUUGCACGCAGUGCUACAAGGCAAAGUGCAGGUGUGUGCGGACUGCGAAUGGAGAUACCUGUGAAAGAUGUAUUCGCCUCAAGAAAACGUGUGAGCCAUCAGGUUCGGCUCGUAGACGCAAUGCUCAGACAACCACAAACGAUGCGUCUGAUACACGCAUUGCUCGGCUGGAGGACAAAAUGGAGAGCUUGCUGACGGCAAUGAACUCUUUCAUCGCCUCGCCAGGGACUUCGGGGGGUUCCAUCAAAGUCACUCAACCUCUUGAUAGACACAGUACCUCCUCACCCACGCCUUAUCUAGAUGGUACCCUAAUUACUCCUACGAGCACUGUCCAGAGCUUCAGUGAUGGGCCACCUCCAUUCGUGCCAGAUCCGAAUGCCGCAGUGCCAUCAAACACAGAUUCAUUAUUUUUACCUCACAACUACCAUUCAUCCUUUAAGUUUCCAGGCCUCAACUACGCAGAAGAACGACUUGAUUACUUCCUCUCUCGGAUGCUACCGUCAUUUCCUUUUAUCCACCUAACCCCAGAUAUGACAAGCUGGUAUCUGCGCCAAAACAGGCCUAUCUUGUUCCAUGCUAUCAACACUGUCACUACCUUCUCAACGCAGGAAAGACUGGCACAAGUCGAAGAGCUGAAGCAUCUCAUGUUCACGUCUGCCUUGCUCAAGGUCCAGUCAAAUAUCGACCUGCUUCUUGGGUUACUAACUUAUCUAUCAUGGAGUACCGAUCCAUUCCUUGGCCGAGCAGACCUCAUGUCGCGCCUCAUGAUGUUGGCCAUGUCAUUAGUAUACGAUCUGCGACUGUUCAAGCCAACCUCAACAGAUGUGCAGCUAAUGAUGACGAUUACCCAGGGGCAGGAGGAAAGUAGCCAGAGCCCUGGCGAUGAAACGCCGUAUGAUCUGCUGGAAAGACAGCGGGCUGUACUGGCGUGUUUUGUUUUGAGCUCAAAUAUUUCGUCACAUCUUGGGCGUCAAGACGCUUUACGAUGGACAGCUCAGAUGGAAGAGGCACUUAAAAUGAUUUCACUCAGCAAAUCAUGUCCCACAGAUGAGCUAUUUGUUGCGCAAGUGCGCUUGCAACUACUAAAGCAAAAGGCGGACGAUGUCCGACAGCAAGAUGAGACGAAUUGUGCUCUCACAGGAACGGCCCCUGUGGCGGCCUCGGCUCCUCGCUUGUUAUACCUCAAAACCCUGCGAAGACAGCUGCAUGAGCUGAGAUCCUCAUUUCGGCCAAACCUCGAUCAGAUAGUUUCGCCCGGAGAAAAUGUGGCACCCCAUACAGAUAUUCUUAACACUCACGCACAAUAUGUCGAGUUAUACAUAAACCAGCUAGCUUAUUCCAUAAGCCAGGAUGCACAUCCCCUAGACCUCUCUGGCCGACGGGGAGACGGCGGAAUUCUCCUCGGAUUCGAACGUCUCGAGUGUCUCUGGCAGUCCGUUGAAAACAUCAAGUCAUGGCUAGACAAUUUCUACCGCAUCCCCUGCUCAAAACUUGUCGGUCAACCGUUCCAUUUCUGGUCUCAGAUGAUUCUCACUAUCACAUUAUUAAAAUAUCUAUCCACCCUCCAAGACCCGAACUGGGACUGCCGAGCCGUGCGAAACACAGUUCACCUAAUUUCGACGAUGGACUGUAUGCGCCAAAAGCUUGACUUGAGCAGCAAAGAACCAGAGCUCCAGUGUAACGAUCACUUGCUCAAGUACUUAUCGAAGCUAUUAACUAGAUGUCGUGUAUGGGGUGAGUCCCGGUGGCAUAUGGGGUCUCAGAUUCAAGACGUGGAGAUUAGGCCGGGCAGGGGUGCUAGCCCCGACACAAACUGCCGUAAUCCAAGUCAGAGUCAAGGUAACCAUAUCCCGGACCUGGACCAGAUGGCCUGGAUGCAGUCUAUGGAUUUGGGCAGUGAACAGUGGUUUGAAGAUGUUUUAGGCAUGCCUGCUACAAUCUACUAG